AAAGCAUCCAGCACUUUCUUGGAGCUCUCACUGAACCACCCGACUAAAAUCUCCUAAAAAAGAGUCCUUCCAUUGCAUAGUCAACACUACCAUUUUUUCUUAAAAAUAGAACCACACAAAAGAGCCUUUUCCUCAAAAAAACAAAAAACCACACCACAUCUCAAACCGACGACCAUGCCUGCAUUACCCUCAGAUUACUCUCUCUUUACCUCCGUCAGUGAUCAUGAUCAUAGUCUAUCCCAUAGGCUCACCGAUCACCUCAUUCCUCAGGCCUACUUCUACAAUCAUCCUGACCGCACUAAUACUCCUCCAGCUGAGAGUUUAAACCACCAAGAUCGAGCCUCUUUCGAUACCUGCUCACUUCUCAAACAACGAGACUCUUUCCAGCAGCCAGCUUCUGGCAUCUUGAGACAACCGGAAUCAUUCAGUCAGGGAAAAAAUAAUAAUACUUUGAAGAUAUCUGAGAGUGAUUUAAAAUCGAACACCACUCAUAAUAACUGUGAUAACCGAAUGACAGACGAAACUCUAGAACCUGUUCCAAGUCCUCAAGAAGAUUUCUACAAAGAUUUAGAUCAACUCGGAAUACUAGAUUAUUUACAAGAUUAUCCAGUCAGUUCAGACGACCAAUAUUUCGAUCAAUUCCAUGGCUUGGAUUGGUUAGAGUUACAAACCGAUCGACAAAAGCCCCUAGAGUUAUCAAGCUUUGAUCGAACUGAGACCGGACAAGCAAUCUUAAAAAACCCUUCUCUUACAAUUCAACAACAACAGCAGAUUCCUGAGACCGAAAACCCCCAAAGAGUGAUCUCUUGUUCAUCUUGCGGAGUCACCAAACCGCAGAUCGAACUCUCUCGCCUAUGGCCUUGCUGUCAUCCGCACUGUAACACUUGUAUAAACACUCUCAUCAAUGCCUCCUGUAAUGACCCUCCUCCUCCCCAGAUGGUCUGCUUCUUUUGUAGCCAACACGUCGACGGUUUUGAUCCUCCUAGCGCGUUCUUGAGUGCUCAUAAUACCCUCUUCGGUCGCGUUAAUCAUUCAACCGGCUUGCCACCUUUUCGGGGCAAUCAGAAGUUCUUCAGUUCCGGCUUGGAUAGAUUUGAAUCUGUUAACUACAAUGCGUCACCACCAAGCGAUCAAUCUGGACUUUGUACCGGGUCUUUCAGCUCCGUGUGGAGCCCCAACCCACAACUGAUCAAUGAAACCGACAAGCUGGUUUCGACGUUCAUGAGCGACGAUUCCAAUAUACCUCUUCAAAGCGGCCCAGGAAAUCCUUGUCCCUGGCCCAUCGUUCGCGUUGAUAACAUUUCGUGGAGUCUUACGGUCGCUGACAUAGUAUCAUGGCUACCAGGAGGGGUCGAAUGUCUCCCCCCACCUGAGCUUUGUCCAUUACCUAUUCACAUUCUUUGUACACCUACGGAUGGCAAGACUUUGAAUCAUUGCUUCAUCGAGACCCGUAACCUCACUGCUGCUCAUUUCAUCGUCCGACAUCGACAUGGUACUAAGAUUGGAAUUCGACCUUGCUCUGUUGUCUUGACAUCUUCUGCAGAACUUCAUUCCAAGAUCUUGGGCACUAAAGAGAAUGAAACAUCGCACGAUAUUAUGAAAACAGUCAGAUUGAUACUAAAGCUCUGUGCGCCCCAUUCGACAAGUUCGAUCAAAUCUCCCGAACGACCGUUCUACCAUUUGAUGUCGUUACUGUCGCAUUCUGUUCAUCUUUCCGAGGGAGGUAGCACCAAGGCAGAGGAUCCUGGUGAGAUCGAGGUGGUUGAGAAAUGGACUAACAUCCUUCAAAUCGCUCUCGAAAGCUUGUUCGGGUGGAAGAUCGAGAACAGUGAUUCAUUGAAUAUCUUACAUCUCAUGGUCAAUGUCGCAAUUGUCUCAUCCUGUUAG